AUGCUCUCCUCAACUGCCGGUGCUGCUGUAGCUGGUACGUCUGCUGCUGCUGCUGGCGUUCUCGCGGAAAGGGGCACUGCCACUGAUGCUGCAGUAGGGGGCCGUGGUGGUGUAACCACCCAAGGGGCUGAGGUCGCUCUGGUAGCAGCAGCAGCAGCUGCAGCAGCAGCUGUUGCCAAGGCACUGCCCCUUCUUGGCUUGUCGGGGCAGGCUGGUGCUGGCUUUGGGAAGGGUGGAGGGGCAGGGGGGCAGGCAGGCAAAGGAGAGACCGGAGGAGCAGUAGCAGCAAUGGCCAAGGCACUGCCCCUUCUUGGCUUGUCGGGGCAGGCUGGUGCUGGCUUUGGGAAGGGUGGAGGGGCAGGGGGGCAGGCAGGCAAAGGAGAGACCGGAGGAGCAGUAGCAGCAAUGGCCAAGGCACUGCCCCUUCUUGGCUUGUCGGGGCAGGCUGGUGCUGGCGUUGGGAAGGGUGGAGGGACAGGGGGGCAGGUAGGCAAAGGAGCAGCAGGAGGAGCAAUAGGAGGGGAAAAAGUAGGGGUGAAUGGAGAGGCAAGUGGAUUGGGUGAGGUGGAGAAGGGUAAAGUCGGUGUGAAAGGAGAAGCGGAAGCGGGUGGUGCAGCGAUGGAAGAGGAGAGCAGGGAGGAGGGCGAGAGGAGCGACGAAGAGGAGGGAAGGGAGGACGGGGAGGAGGAUGGGAAGGAAAGGGGGGGGUCGAGGAAGGAGAUUGGGAAUGGAAAGAGGAGGGUUAGAGAUGCUCGAAGGAGCAGCAGCGAAAGCAGUGAAAGCAGAGGAAGCAAAGAACGCAAGGGCAAGGGCAAGGAUAGCAACCAUACAAUCGAGGCAAAAGCAAGGGAAGAACAACGGAAAGGUGGUGGGAAGGAGGGAGCAGCUGCACUUGGCUUUGCCUUGAAAGGGGAGUCAUGGAAUGAGGAGAGCAAGCAGAGGGGGAGGGAAAUGGGGAGCAAGGUGGAGGGGAGUGCCGCAAUGAGUGUGAGUGUGAGUGUGAGUGUGCCUGAUGACAUUCGAGCCAAGGUGAAGGCGCUGCUGCGCAAGCUGUGA